AUGACCCUGACGAUACUACAAUGCAAUGUGAACAGGAGUAGCGUAGCACACAUGCUCCUCCCUCAAAUUGCGAUGAAGAUGAAUGCAGACGUGCUUGUUAUAAGCGAACAAUACAGGAAAAGACCUGAGCCAUCGUGGUUCGCUAGCAAAUCGAACACGACAGCGGUGUGGGUACGCGGAAACGAAGCGAUGCGAGUCUCUGCAAGCGGGUCCGGGGCGGACUAUAUUUGGGUGAGGGUGAGCACUGUCGUUGUCGUCAGUGUAUACCUGUCACCAAACUAUUCCGCGUUGGAGUAUGCCAACAGACUCACAGAUAUCGAAGACGCAGUGAGGGAUAUAUCCGGAAAUACGAUCGUGGCGGGCGAUUUUAACUCGCGGGCGAUUGAGUGGGGUUUGCCCACGACAAACAGACGCGGACGGCUACUACUAGAGAUGGUCGCGAGGCUGCAACUAGUAGUGGUGAACGAGGGAAAGUCGGCGACAUUUAGACGACCGGAGUGGGGUCAAUCUAUACCAAACGUGACCUUGACCACAGACAGACUACUGACGCGAAUAAGAGGAUGGAAAGUGAUCGAGGAAUAUACAGCCAGUGAUCACCAAUACAUCAUCUUCGAAGUGACAGACGAAAAUACGACUAGACGAAGAGGUAACGUGUUACUCCCUCUACGAUGGGACACGAAACUCCUGGACAGAAAAAAACUCGACAGACUACUGCAAAAUGCAGAGCCUUUUACGAAAACCACUUGA